AUGUUUCUACUGGUAGCCCUUGUGGCGCUCUGCCUUGGCUAUCUGCUACUGAAGUAUCACCAGAGGCGCCAACACUUGCUGGAGAUCUCGAAACACUUCAGCGGGCCGUAUCCACACUACUUUCUGGGGUGUUACUAUCUGUUCAAAAACAAAUCGGUCGAAGACAUAUUCGAUGUCCUGAAUGAGUGUCACCAGAAGUACGGGGCGGAUGUGAGCAUGAUAGGUGCGUUUAACGAUCUUGUGCUGGACCUGUCCGGGUCCGAAAACGUGGAGAAGGUUCUGUUGGCCAAGACGACCAAGAAGUCGUUCCCGUACGAGUUUCUGGAGCCAUGGCUAGGCACCGGGCUGCUGCUUUCGUUCGGCGACAAGUGGUUCCAGCGGCGCAAGAUCAUUACUCCGGCGUUCCACUUCAAGAUGUUGGACCAGUUUAUGGACGUGUUCAAUCGGGAGGCCGACGUUCUGGUGGCCAGACUCGAGAACAAAGUCAACCAGAAGGAGUUUGACAUUUACGACUACAUCACGCUGUACGCGUUGGACAGCAUUUGCGAGACCUCCAUGGGCGUGCAGAUUAACGCCCAGAAUGACCCGAACAACGAGUACGCUCGCAGCGUAAAACAGAUGUCGGAGUUCAUCUUCCGGCGUGUCUUCAGCGUCAUGCGUUCCUUCCCGUCACUGUUCUUCCUCUACCCGUUCGCUAAGGAGCAGGAGGAAGUGAUCAAGAAGCUGCACAACUUCACCAACUCGGUGAUCGAAAAACGGCGCCGGCAGUUGGAGAACGAACAGUUGCUCAACAAGGUCGAGUUCAAUCGCGACGAGGAAGAUCUGUACUCGAAGCGCCGGGACACCUUUCUCGAUCAGCUGCUCAAGGUGACGGUUAAUGGUCAGCCGCUCAGCAACGCAGACAUUCGCGAGGAAGUGGACACGUUCAUGUUCGAGGGACACGAUACGACUACGUCCGGGAUUUCGUUCACCAUUCUUCAGCUGGCCAAGUGUCAGGACGUCCAGCAGAAGCUGUUCGAGGAGAUCAAUACUGCGUUCGGGUCGGAUGCCAGCACCACCGUACUCACCAGCGCUUCGCUCCAGGAGCUGAAGUACUUGGACCUGGUGAUCAAGGAGGCGUUGCGCCUACGACCACCGGUCCCAUUCAUCGGCCGAAAGCUGCUGGAGGAUAUGGAAAUGAAUGGAACUAUUGUCCCGGCCGGCACCACGAUCUCGCUCAACAUCUACAAUGUACACCGCAAUCCGAAGGUGUUCCCCGACCCGGAGCGAUUCGAUCCGGAACGGUUUUCCGACGAGAACGAAGUGAAGCGCGGCCCGUACGACUACAUUCCGUUCAGCGCCGGGUUCCGGAACUGCGUCGGCCAGCGGUACGCGCUGCUCGAGAUGAAGGUUACGAUCGUAAAGCUAAUCGCCGCCUACCGCAUCCUGCCCGGAGAGUCCAUCGACCGGCUUCGGCUCAAGACGGACCUAGUGCUGCGUCCCGCCGCCACCGGCAUCCCGGUGAAACUAGUCAAACGGCGGUAA